AUGGCGAAGACUGCACACUCUAUGUUGACGCCGCAGCCCGGGGGCAGUUUCUGUCCGCCCCUAAACGGUGUACGUCUGCUCAAGGCCAAACUGCGUCGCCAGACGGAAGCUGACCUAGAGGAGAAGAAACUCAAGCUCACCGUCACCGCGCCGGAGACCACUGAGGAGGAUCAAUUGGCAGCGGGUGAAAUCGGUGCCUCUCGCGUGACAGAUGUCUUGUGA